GCGCGGAGCGCGAUGAACGAGGGAGCGGACGACGGCGGCGGCGGCGGCGCGGAAGGCGCGGCGCGGUCCCUAGGGUGCGGCCGCGGAGGGGAUGGCUUUGUCCCGUCUGCGCUGGGAACCCGAGAGCAUUGGGAUGCUGUCUAUAAGAGAGAACUGCAAACUUUCCAAGAAUACGGAGAUACAGGAGAAAUCUGGUUUGGAGAAGAGAGUAUGACUCGACUAAUAAGGUGGAUGCAGAAACACAAGAUUCCAUUGGAUGCUUCAGUGCUUGAUAUUGGAACUGGAAAUGGUGUUUUCCUGGUUGAACUUGUUGGCAAAAUUUGGUUUCUCUGAUGUUACUGGAAUUGAUUACUCUCCAUCUGCAAUUCAGCUUUCUGGAAGUAUUAUAGAAAAAGAAGGUUUAUCUAACAUUAAGUUGAAGGUAGAAGACUUUUUGAACCCUUCCACAAAGUUGUUUGGAUUUCAUAUUUGUAUUGACAAAGGGACUUUUGAUGCCAUAAGCCUUAAUCCUGACAAUGCAGUUGAGAAGAGGAAACAGUAUGUGAAAUCUCUCUCCAGAGUAUUGAAAGUGAAAGGCUUUUUUCUAAUAACCUCAUGUAAUUGGACCAAGGAAGAGUUGCUAGAUGAAUUCAGUGAAGGAUUUGAACUUUUUGAAGAGCUGCCCACACCCAAGUUCAGCUUUGGAGGCCGAUCUGGAAACAGUGUAGCAGCGUUGGUUUUCCAAAAAACAUGAGACUUUUCACCGGACAGAUUCAGUUAGUGUCUUUUUAAGAAGCUCUGCAUCAAAGUAAACCUGACACAGAAAAUGCAAGUGCAGGUAAAUGUUUAGUAAGUACACAGGAGGCACAUUUCGAGUAGAAAUAAUGGGUUGGUUAAAAAUAAAAUCAUGAGCAUGUAAGUGGUUGGGUUUUAGAGAUCAACCAAGAAUAAUUUUAAAUUUUUCUUUUGUAUUUGAGAUGUAAAUAUUUCUCUUUCAGAUUAAAAAAAUAAUUCCUGUAACUGCUGAACAGUUAAAACUUUAAAGCAGUAAAUGAAUUUACAGAAAGCUUGCAUCCUUGAUUUUUGUGCCUCGGUAAAGAUGAACUGAAUAUAGCUAUUUAUGAAGAUUUGAUCAAGCUAUUCCAGGGUCAGAAUAAUAAGCCAAAUGAUUUUCUUAAUUUUUUAUUAGACUAUUAUAAAACAUAAUAAGUAUGAUAUUUUGGGUUGAAUGGUGAUUAAAAAAAAAGAUUUAAUAUCAGAAAAUGUCUCAGCCCUUAUGUGUGUAAUUAAAAUCAGAUAAAUGUAUCAGUUGAUCAAGAAA